UUGGUCGAUAAACCCACCAGAAUUACUGAACAUUCUCGUACUUUGAUUGAAGUAAUCCUUACCUAUUCAAAGAAUAACAUCAAGCAAGCGAAAGUCAUCCCGAAAUCAAUAAGCGAUCACGAUGUGGUUAUGUCACCUCUGACCCUGAAGAAAUGUCGCCUAAAGCCCGUCUAUGUCUCUGUCCGAAGUUUCAAGAAUUACAACCCAGAGGCCUUUUGUGAGGACAUAUCUAAUGCUCCAUGGUCAGUCAUUAACAACUUUGACGAUGUGAAUGACAGUUUGAAUGCUUUUGAUGUGUUAUUUAAUGGGAUUCUUGAUCAACAUGAACCAGUCAGAAAAGUUUAAGUGAGAGUUCGUCCAAAUCCCUUCGUUACAGAAGAGAUUCGAAAGCUGAUGAGAACAAGAGAUCGUUGGAGAAAAAUAGCUCGGAAAACUGGUGAUCCUGCUGCAUGGUCUACUUACAGAGACUACAAACGGGAUGUUAAACGGAAAUUACGUCAGGCACAAAGAUCGUAUGUAGAGCAGGAAAUAAAGAAGAACCCAAAGGAGACAGGUAAUAUGUGGAAAGUAAUUCGAACAUGUAUUCCCAAGAAAACUACUGGAAAGAAGUCCUUCAGUAAUGAUGAUAAAUCUGUGGCAAAUCUGUCGGUUCAAACACUGUCAUGAAAAUUAAAUCACUUGCUAAAGAAAAUAAUUACACUCCCUCCCAAUUACCAUUUGUCCCAACCAGCUACACCGAGUCGGAUCAGUUUACCUUUGAACCUGUGUAAUGUUCCUUAGUAGAAUAUAUUGUGAAGUCAAUGCCUGAUAACAAGGCACCAGGAAUAGAUAAAGUACCUAUUCACGUUAUCAAGGACUGUCUUCCCGUUAUUGCACCAAGGUUUACCUCCAUCAUAAACAACUCGUUAGUCAACAACAUUUUUCCAAGUGCUUGGAAAAUUGCUGUGGUGAUCAUGAGCAAGCCAAUAACAAGGUGAUCAUGAGCAAGCCAAUAACAAGAGACCAAUUUCCCUCCUACUCGUUGUUUCUAAGGUAUGCGAGAGAGUAGCACUCAAUCAACUAACCUCCUACCUAACCAUCAAUUGUCGCCUCUCUGUGCAUAAGAGUGGCAACAAAACCUGGCACUCAACGGAAACCUCCCUCAUCCAUUCCAUCGACUCCAUUCUCAAAGCAAUCGUCCAGAAGAAAGUCACGGCAGUUAUUCUUUUGGACAUGAGUAAAGCUUUUGACAGCAUUAAUCACAAUAUACUUCUUGCUAAAUUGGAGGAUGUUGGCGUUUCAUCUUCAUGCCUGACUUGGUUUAGAAGUUAUCUGAGCGAAAGAUAUCAAGCAGUACGCAUAAAUUCUACUCUAUCUGAGAAAUUGCCAGUGGUUAGUGGUGUCCCACAAGGAAGUAUUCUCGGUCCGUUGCUGUUUAGUGUUUAUCUCAACUGA